UGGAGUUUCUUCUGCUGGGUUGCUAAUCAAAGUGGAUUUACUCAUGACAUAUACACCGUACAAAGAAUCACGACCCUACUGGCACGACAUGAACGUACUGACUUGGUUAAUACACUCAUCUCCAAGAUCAGAAUGGAGGGAAUGAGACUACCAUUCAGCACCAUCAGGCUGAUCAUUGACUUUUAUGGGAUUUCAAAAAAUGCUGAUGCUGCUACGAAGGUUUUUAAUGACGACCGAAUACUUUGCGGUCCCAUAUCAAAUGUAAACCUGAUGCUUCUGUAUUCGUCUGUUCUAAGAACAUUGACUAAGUGUGGAAGAAACUCCGAUGCCUUGGAUAUGCUUGAUGACAUGAUUUUAAAUGGUAUUUGCCCAGAUAUCCAGACAUUUUCAGGCCUAAUGCUAUACUUUUCACAGCUUGGGGACAUAAAAACAGUACCAAAGCUCUUUGCAAUGAUUAGGCAGAGUGGUCUUGAGCCUGAUGCUUAUUUAUUUAAGGUAUUAAUCCAAGGUUAUUGCAAGUCAAAUAGAGCUGCACUAGCAUGGAGGCUCUUUGAAGACAUGAAGAAUUCUGGUUUAGUGCCUGACUCUGCCACCAAAGAGUUGCUAGUAAAGAGUCUCUGGAAAGAGGGGAGACGAAGAGAGGCUGCAGCAGUAGAAGAGAGUUGUGAGGAAAUAAAUAAGGUUCUUCCGCUUGCAUUGCAGGGUCAUGAAUGGACUGUCCCCAGCUGCAGCAUGCCACUGCAUGAGAUUCAUGAAGCUGAUCCGAAUGGUGCCGAAUCGGUUGGCUUGGAUAGCAUCAAUGAGGGAUUUGAGCGCGGAGCAUCUACCAGCCUUGGCAAGAACAGUUGCAAGUGCAUUGAGCGUGUGGUGGGUGUGGGAAAAAUUGGAAUUUUUUUCAAGGGCAUGAACAAGGGAAAGAGCGAAAUCUACAGAGGGGGAAGAACGAAUGGCAUGGGUGAGCACGAAAGAGUCAAAAAGGCGGUGGUUUAUGAGAGAGGGAAGAGAGGAGUCGGGGGUUUUAGAGCGUAG